AUGAAUAAAAAAAGGGCCACGCUCGAUAAGGUGGUGAGCCUUAUGACCUUCAAAGGGUCGCUUCUCUGUUUGUCUUUCAUUCUCUUCCUGGCCCACCCCUUCAACGUAGCACCCGAUAAUCUCCUGCAAGGUGUUGAACACAACCGUCAUUAUAACUUCAGAAUUUUAGCUCAGACGAGCCCGUCAAAUGAGAAAACACAACUGGGGAGUGCAAAGACACAAAGCGCAGGGGUAUGCACAACACAUAUGAAAGACAUAAAGGAAGGCUCUGCACAGGUGAGCCAAAUAGAACCGAGAUGCAUACCUCAACAGGCACAUUCAGGAGAAAAUGUAUGGCCAAAGGGACCAAAAAGCCACUGCCAUGGUAUUCCAAAAAAUCGAUUGGGGAAAUACAAAGUGAGCAAUUCGAACUUAAGUAGCCAAAUGAACAAGAAAAAUAAAAAAAUAAAAGAAUUACAAGAAAGUAAUUACCACAACAGUGAUAAACAUAUUCCUGAGCAAAAUAUAAAACUGACAGAAGAAGAAGUCCUCAUUAAGUUAAAUAAUUUAAACAAAUCGGUCUGUAGGAAAGACAUGUACCUCCUGUGGUUUAACUUCCAUAAUAUCUAUGUUCGAAAAUACUAUGCCAUGAUGAACGAAGUGUGGAUGAAUGCAGUAUCUUUUGCAUCCCGCUAUAACAUCCCAGAGGAAAAUUUCCAAAAAAUUUGGUGGAGAGUCUAUGAAAAACUCAUUACUGUACUUAGGGAUAACGAUAAAAGUUGCAUAAACGACUUUUACAAUUUGUUUGACAAAGGAGAAUGCACAUCUGAUGAGUACAAAUCCUUCCUGGAGAGAAGAAAGAAAAUAUGGACCGAUUCUAUCAACAUGAUGAGGUUUAAGUGGUAA